CAGUCCAACUUAAAUCAGAAAUACAUUCAGUUGUAAAAAUGAAUUUUUUUUUAGCUAAGACUAAAUUGUUAAUUUUAUAAAUUAAACUCUGCACUAUCACUUGCAGUUUGGUUUCGACUGUUUCAUGGUCUAGUAUAUUUUAAAAAUCAAUCAUAAUUUAUUUCUUUUCGAGAAAAGCACAUAUCGCUUAAAAAUGUCUCCAACAAAGUACGAUGCAGAUGCUAAAGAGUGGAGUGGUUGUGAUCUUCCCCCGGUGUAUAAUCCCGAAGUGUCACUAGCUCAAGUAUUGCUAGACGCAUUAACAGCUUAUGGAUCGAAAAUCGCACAAAUAAACGAUAACAAUGGUGUCCAAAUGACAUUUGAUGAAAUUCGCAUUAAAACCGUUCGAGCCGCUAAAAACCUUCAAAAACGUGGAUAUGAACCAAGACAGGUAUUCGGAUUGAUGGCGAAAAAUUCACAUCAUGUUGCGCCAAUUGUGUUUGCUUCGAUAAGUAUUGGCUGUCCAGUCAACACGCUUGAUCCUUCAUUUGGAAAAACCGAGCUUAUUCAUAUGCUGGAAAUGACAAAACCAACUCUAAUGUUCUGCGAUGUUGAGUGCCAUGAUCUUGUGAGAGAAUGUUUUACGGAACUGGGAAACGAUGCAAAAAUAUUCACGUUUGGUGGCAGCAAAGAUGAAACCGAACCAGUGGAGAAUUUAUUUUCCGAAACUCACAACGAAGACGAUUUUAUACCCACGACAGUCGAUGGUGAGAAUGAAACUGCCGCAAUCGUUUGCUCGUCUGGCACAACUGGAUUGUCGAAAGGAGUUUGUUUGUCUCAUGCCGCAUUGCUUGAAAACUUACCUUCGUUUCGUAUUUCAAAGCCGAGUGAUGUGGUGCUAUGCGUUGGUUCACUCUACUGGGUAAGUGGCAUCGCGAUAUUGCUGCGCGGAACAAUAUGUGGCGCAACUCGUAUUAUAACAACUGAAGCCCUUUCGCCAGAACUGCAGCUUCGAUUAAUCGAAAAAUAUAAAGUGACAACUACGGCGAAUGCACCGCAUCAAAUAGUGCUGAUGUUGAAAAGUGAUGAGCUUGCUAAGGCCGAUUUAUCGAGUUUAAAAUCCUGGUUUGUUGGCGGAAGUAAAGUGCCUUUUCAUGUGAAAACCGAAAUGAGUUCUUUUCUUCCAAAUGGAAAUGUGCACGUCGGCUAUGGAAUCAGUGAAAUUGGUGGUGUUGUAGCGCUCGAUUUUCCCCAACCUAGCGGCAAAGAUUGCGUUGGUCGAUUAACCGUUGGAAUCCGUGUUAAAAUUAUUGACGAUCAAGGUCAACGGUGUGAAGUCAAUGUUGAUGGAGAGAUAUGUCUCAAAGUGAAUUAUCGCAUCCUUGGAUAUUAUGGCAAUCAGAAGGCAACCGAUGACCUUUUUGAUGACGAAGGUUUUUACAUGACCGGAGACAUUGGCCACUUCGAUGAAGAUGGAUAUUUGUUUAUUGUCGAUCGGAAGAAGGACAUUUUGAAAUAUUGCAGUUUUCAGAUUUCUCCAUCAGAAAUCGAUGCCUAUUUGAUCGAAUCGCCUGGUAUCAAAUCGGCCUGCGUCGUUGGCAUUCCUAAUGAAUUUGCUACUGAUCUGCCAGCAGCAGUGAUUGUACGGGCUAAUGGGUCGAAUAUUUCAGAGAAAGAAGUUUUCGAUUUGAUUGCAGAUCACUUUGCGGACCAUUACAAACUUCGAGGCGGUGUUUAUUUUGUUGAUUCACUGCCAACAACACCUUCGGGAAAGGUUCUAAGAAGGAAAGUGAAAGAAACUGUAAUUUCCUUAAUCAAAUCAUACAAAGCAUAGUUAUAUUGGAACUAUGCACACAUGGUUCAAGCCAUCCUUGAAGCGUAAACCAUCAAAGUUUCACCGAAAAAUACUUUAAGAAUUCUAGACAUAUAGCCAUCCGUAUUUCCAAAAGUCAAUAAAACGUAUCAAAUAUGGUUCUACAUAAUAUGGUUAUUGAUAUUUGUCAAUAAAUAAUGUGAAAUCGCAUACAUUUGAUAUUUUCAUACAACAAAAACAAUCUUCCUAGUAGAUGUCUUAAUUUCUUAUGUUUUUUUCCUAAACACGUGAUUAUUCCGCGUUAAGACACACAACGUACCGCCAUAGCCAUACACAUGGGAAGAAACGAACGGAAGCGUAUGUUGCAAGUUCACCCGGGAUGAUGUUGAAAUUUUCAACUUGAAAAUAUGCGUUUUUCGAUUGUAAAAUAGUAAUAUAAAAUCAACUUCAUCGCUACGGAUAAAAUAGUAUUUUCCACACGGUUCCUCGUAUUUGAACGGAAAAAUGCUCAAAAAUGUUUCCAAACUUCUAAACAAAACUUGUGCUAAUAUUUUGAUUCUGAUUAUUAGAUGUAGUUCGAUCUAGCGAUAGUUUACUACUUAUUGGGACACUUAGUAUUUUCUUUUAGGUUCACCAUAAACUGAACUGUGCAAUUUAUAGAUAAGAUUUUACUUUAUACGCGUUGUGUUUACGCUUUUGUAUACAAUGAGUGAGCUACGCCGAACAAGCUGAGAUUACUUCAGAUAGAUUCCGCGACCAACCGCUGACUUCAUUGAAAACCGCAAUACACUGGAUCAAGCAUGUGGCUAAAAAUAAGGGUGCUCCACAUUUGAAGAGUGUUGCUGUAGAAUUGCCAUUCUAUGAAUUGUACAAUUUAGACGUUUGGGCAUUCAUUUUUAGUGUCUUAGCAUUGGUCAUAUUCUGUGUGAUCAAAUUAAUUCGAUCGAUUGUUUCGUUUUUCUUCAAAUUAUUUUCACAACCAAAGUUAAAGAAUGCUUAGGUGUUCCAUUUGGCAAACGAGUCAAUCAUUUGAUAUGUUAAGUUUUGUUAAUUACAAUAAAAAUAAAUCACAAAUUGCUUGUAAACUGUGUACUACUUGUUGCAAUAAAGAUAAGAGUUGA